CGACCGCAAACUCACGUGAGAAAGCGGAAGAUGAGAAACGGAAGACUACUUUUCGCUGAAAGUUGCGGAGAGUUUCCUAUCUUACGUCCGUAUUUCUGACUCCCGCCCUGGUUUUCUUCCUCCUUUCGGUGUAUCCACCUCCAAUCUCCUUCAGCUCCUGAUCAAGAUGGGUUUGAUGCAACUCUGGUCUUCUUUGAAUUGGGAGAAUGAAUCUUACCCGGCAUACGAAGACUUCGCGGCCGUGCCUUUCUUUGUGCUGUUCUUCCCCACAGCGAGAUUCUUCCUUGAUAGAUUCGUGUUUGAGAGGUUGGGCAGGCGAUUAAUUUUUGGAAGGGGCCAUGGAAAUAUUGAUGCUGAAUUCCCUAGUAAAAGAAAAAAGAUCAGAAAGUUUAAAGAAUCUGCUUGGAAAUGCAUCUAUUUUCUUUCCGGAGAGCUUUUGUCUCUUUAUGUUACAUAUGAUGAACCAUGGUUCACAAACACCAAAUUCUUUUGGUUUGGACCAGGGGAGCAAGUCUGGCCUGACCAAAAAAUAAAAUUGAAACUCAAGGCAGUUUACAUGUAUGCUGCUGGGUUCUACAUAUACUCCAUAUUUGCAUUGCUUUUCUGGGAAACAAGGCGGUCAGACUUUGGGGUGUCUAUGUCCCAUCAUAUAGCAACUGCCUUUCUCAUAAUGCUAUCUUACAUAUUCAGAUUUGCUCGAGUUGGUUCUGUUGUUCUAGCUAUUCAUGAUGCAAGUGAUGUAUUUAUGGAAAUAGGAAAGAUGUCGAAGUACAGUGGUUGUGAGUGGCUUGCAUCAAUCUCAUUUAUUCUAUUUGUUGCCUCAUGGGUUGCACUUCGACUCAUUUACUUCCCUUUUUGGGUCAUUUGGAGUACAAGCUAUGAAGUUGUAUUGACACUUGAUAAGGAGAAACACAAGGUGGACGGACCCAUAUAUUAUUAUGUUUUCAAUUCUCUCUUAAUAUCAUUACUUGUUCUUCAUAUCUAUUGGUGGGUUCUUAUAUUCCGGAUGAUUAUUAAACAAAUCCAGGCAAAAGGUCAGAUCAGUGAUGAUGUACGAUCUGAUUCUGAGGGAGAGGACGAGCAUGAAGAUUAACUCGAAUAACAUUACAGUCUGUGUGCCCUGCUUAUGUUGGUUCCAUCAUUAUUAUGAUAUUCAGUAUUAUUUCGGUGACCAUAUUCAACAGUUGCUUCUUAUUUGGUUUGACGUAAUCCAUCAGAGGGGGUGAGUUAAUUCGGACCGUUUGUUUCUUAUUCCUUGUGCAGCUGUCACCUAUUGUGGCCGUUUAGGGUUUCGCUUAUUUUUCCUCGUGGCUUAUUAUUUGAUAAAAGAUUGUCAAGGGAUAGGCAUUCUUCUAAUUGACCACUGUAUACAUUUUUAGUUUAAAGAGUUUAUAGACAAUUGACUUUCCUAUUUAAACGUUUUUAAUUGAGUUCCUAAAGAUCCCUUGUUUGAUUUAUUGCUUCCUAGGAAUGAAGAACUGUACAUUGCUUGUUGAUGUUGAACUUUCUCUUUACUCAAUAAAGCUAACCAGUUUUAGGAGAUUAA